ACAGAUCUGUUUGAGAUGAUUGAGAAGAUGCAGGGAAGCAGGAUGGAUGAACAACGAUGCUCCUUCCCACCACCCCUCAAAACGGAGGAGGACUACAUUCCUUACCCGAGCGUCCACGAGGUCCUGGGGCGAGAAGGGCCCUUCCCCCUCAUCCUGCUGCCUCAGUUUGGGGGCUACUGGAUUGAAGGCACCAACCACGAAAUCACCAGCGUCCCCGAGACAGAGCCACUGCAGUCGCCCACGACCAAGGUGAAGCUCGAGUGCAACCCCACAGCCCGCAUCUACCGGAAGCACUUUCUCGGCAAGGAGCAUUUCAAUUACUACUCACUGGACACUGCCCUCGGCCACCUUGUCUUCUCUCUCAAGUAUGAUGUCAUCGGGGACCAAGAGCACCUGCGGCUGCUGCUCAGGACCAAGUGCCGGACAUACCACGAUGUCAUCCCCAUCUCCUGCCUCACCGAGUUCCCCAAUGUGGUCCAGAUGGCGAAGCUGGUGUGUGAAGAUGUCAAUGUGGAUCGAUUCUAUCCUGUGCUCUACCCCAAGGCUUCCCGGCUCAUCGUCACCUUCGACGAGCAUGUCAUCAGCAAUAACUUCAAGUUUGGAGUCAUUUAUCAGAAGCUGGGGCAGACCUCUGAGGAAGAACUCUUUAGCACCAAUGAGGAAAGCCCUGCCUUUGUGGAGUUCCUUGAAUUUCUUGGCCAGAAAGUCAAACUGCAGGACUUUAAGGGGUUCCGAGGAGGCCUGGACGUGACCCACGGGCAGACGGGGACCGAGUCUGUGUACUGCAACUUCCGCAACAAGGAGAUCAUGUUUCACGUGUCCACCAAGCUGCCCUACACAGAAGGGGACGCCCAGCAGUUGCAGCGAAAGCGGCACAUCGGGAAUGACAUCGUAGCUGUGGUCUUCCAGGAUGAAAACACGCCCUUCGUGCCUGACAUGAUUGCAUCUAACUUCCUGCAUGCCUACGUGGUCGUGCAGGCCGAGGGCGGGGGCCCCGACGGCCCCCUCUACAAGGUCUCCGUCACUGCAAGAGAUGACGUGCCCUUCUUUGGGCCCCCGCUGCCGGACCCCGCUGUGUUCAGAAAGGGGCCUGAGUUCCAGGAAUUUUUGCUGACAAAGCUGAUCAAUGCUGAAUAUGCCUGCUACAAGGCAGAGAAGUUUGCCAAACUGGAGGAGCGGACACGGGCCGCCCUCCUGGAGACGCUCUAUGAGGAGCUGCACGUCCACAGCCAGUCCAUGAUGGGCCUGGGCGGCGACGAGGACAAGAUGGAGAACGGCGGCGGCGGAGGUGGCUUCUUUGAGUCUUUCAAGCGGGUCAUUCGGAGCCGCAGCCAGUCCAUGGAUGCCAUGGGACUAAGCAACAAGAAGCCCAACACCGUGUCCACCAGUCACAGCGGGAGCUUCACACCCAACAACCCCGACCUGGCCAAGACGGCUGGAAUAUCAUUGCUUAUUCCUGGGAAAAGUGCGAGUAGAUUCGGACGCCGGGGCAGUGCCAUAGGCAUAGGAACCGUGGAAGAGGUUGUCGUCCGCAGGGCCGGCUCUGGAGGCUACCUGCACGCGCUGCUCUCUGCUGGCUCUCAGGAUGGAGGCCAUAUUGGGGACGUUGCCCCCUGCCUGGGACAGGCCCCAGGGCGUGCAGGCUGGAGUGCCAGCAGCUCCAAUGGCACUCAGCACCUGCUUUGGGGCCUAAUACCUUCACUGAUUGUCCCCGGGAAGAGCCCCACAAGGAAGAAGUCGGGCCCGUUUGGCUCCCGCCGCAGCAGCGCUAUUGGCAUCGAGAACAUUCAGGAGGUGCAGGAGAAGCGGGAGAGCCCUCCGGCUGGCCAGAAGACCCCAGACAGCGGGCACGCCUCCCAGGAGCCCAAGUCAGAGAACUCAUCCACUCAGAGCUCCCCAGAGAUGCCCACGACCAAGAACAGAGCGGAGACAGCAGCCCAGAGAGCAGAAGUGCUGAAGGACUUCUCCCGCUCCUCGUCCAGUGCCAGCAGCUUCGCCAGCGUGGUGGAAGAGACGGAGGGCAUGGAUGGGGAGGAUACAGGCCUGGAGAGUGUCUCGUCCUCAGGAACACCCCACAAGCGGGACUCCUUCAUCUACAGCACGUGGCUGGAGGACAGCGUCAGCACCACGAGCGGGGGCAGCUCCCCAGGCCCCUCACGGUCACCCCACCCAGAUGCCAGCAAGUCGGGGGACUCUGCGUGUCCCGAGAUCAAGAUCCAGCUGGAAGCAUCUGAGCAGCACACGCCCCAGCUGAUGAAAGCGCAGAAGCACAGGUGAAGAUGCC